GAAAAACAAGGCUUCCUGCUUCAUUAUUUAUUAUUUCAUCAGCCCAAAUCGUUGCGCACACCUCCAACUCUUUUUCGAUCACCAAUCUCCGAACAUGGAAGGGCGCCUCUAUCAGACAAUUCUCAGGGGCGACAUACCGGCCGUUCUCAGUAUCCUUCAAGAGGAGCAUCUUCAAGAUACAACCGAACAAGCACUUCCUCCACCUCCUUUGAACUCAGUCUUACACUUAGCGGCCCGUUUUGGCCACGAGGAGUUGGCAUCAGAGAUUUUGAAGCUGUGGCCGGAGAUGGCGUCGGCUGAGAACGAGAAACUGGAGACGCCGAUGCACGAAGCUUGUAGAGAAGGAAGACUGAGCAUUGUGAGGAUGUUGAUGGAGAAAGAUCCUUGGGUAAUUUAUAAGGUGAACAAAACCAAUGAGAGCGGGCUGUAUGUAGCGUGCGAGACAGGGAAGCUUGUUGUGGUGCAGCAGCUUUUGGAGUAUCCAAGGCUGUUGAUGUUGGAGAUGUACAGCACCACCUCUUGUCUUCAUGCUGCAGCUCGGGCUGGCCAUACAGAGAUAGUGAAAGAGCUUCUAGUGGCGCGGUCAGAAUUGGCAUGGAAAAAGGACUUCAAUGGGAGCACACCAUUGCACCUUUCUUGCAGCAAAGGCCAUCUAGACACAACCAGGGAGCUUCUAAAGUUAGACCCAGACCUCUCUUCUUUACAAGACAAUGAAGGUCGAACGCCACUCCACUUGGCUGCCAUCAAAGGCCGUAUAAACAUCAUUGAUGAGAUCCUAUCAACCAGUCUUGAGUCAGCCGAGAUGAGAACCUUUUCUGGAGAGACUGUUCUUCAUCUUGCAGUAAAGAAUAAUCAAUAUGAAGCUGUUAAAUACCUGAUGGAGUGCCUGAACAUCACGAAGCUGGCCAACAUGGCUGAUAACGAUGGCAACACUAUCUUGCAUUUAGCAACCGCAGGAAAGCUCUCUACUAUGGUCAUCUACAUACUGAAGCUUGGCAUUAAUGUAAAUGCAAUAAACAGAAAGGGAUACACGGCUCUUGAUGUUGUUGAAGGCGAUGCAACUAAUUCUGGUGUUCUUGUGAUUUUACCUGCAUUACAAGAAGCAGGCGCUAAAAGAUGUGACCAGUUGCCACCAAUGUCACAAGAAUUUCAAGCUAUACAAGACAGCUAUCCAAACACACCCCCUUCGCGGCCUAAAAAGGGCCUUGAAUCUCCACUCCGACAUCAGCGCCAUUCUCAUCGUCGUCGCCGAGAAAAGCAGAUUGAGCUACAGAAUGAGGGCAUACGCAAUGCACGAAACACAAUCACAGUUGUUGCGGUUUUGAUAGCAACGGUUGCAUUUGCUGCUGGAGUAAACCCUCCUGGGGGAUUCAACCAAACUACUGGGAAGUGCAUAAUGGGAAGAAAGACUUCUUUUAAGGUCUUUAUGGUCUGCAACAUUGUGGCAUUAUUUCUGUCUCUAGGCAUAGUCAUUUUCCUAGUGAGCAUCAUUCCUUUCCGGAGAAAAUCCAUGAUGAAACUAUUGAUGGUUACACAUAAACUGAUGUGGGUGUCGGUUUCAUUUAUGGCUGCAGCUUAUCUGGCUUCCAUAUGGACGAUUAUGCCUCAUGGGCAAGGGAUGGCAGGAGUGUUGGUGACGAUAAUUUGUGUUGGGGGAGGGAGCACUUUGCUCAUAUUUAUCGGACUGGGGGUGCUGUUGGCGAGGCAUUGGCAUAGAAAACGGGAAUGGAGGAAGAGUAAAGACAGAAAAGGAAGCCCCAAUAGUAGUGUUAGUCGGGUUGAAGAGAUGCUCACGUCGAAGAAGAAAGGAGAAUCUACUAGUAACUCGGACCUUGAUAGCUCUGAUCAAGGGGGUUUUCAUCUAUAUUAGAAUUAGAAAAAUUGACAUCGCUAACACGGUGUCUAAUUGAGUAUCUAUAUAAUAUGUUAUAGUAAUAAAUUAAAGAUAAAGUAACACUUAUUACACGAUGAUACAUCAUUUGAGUAUUUAAAACUGAUUGUACAUAGCAUUGCUAAUUUUGCUAGUUGGCCUUGCAUUUGUUAGUGUUUCAUUGCUAGUAUGUGAAAUACUUGUACAUUUGGUUUAUUUUUCCAUGUAAAAGUCAAUUGAUGCCGAGGAAUUAUUUAGUCAUUACUAGCUACUCUUUCAUUGCAGGUGAUAAUAGGGUAAUCAGAAUCCAGAAGUUUGAGGUGACUAUGGCCAUUUCUUCUGGUAUAGAUCCAUGCUAGUUGUCAGUAAUAAACAAUGAACAUGUUGCCUAACAUUGUCCA